GUCUGUGUCACUAUCUCUCAGUCACAUAGAGCUCUGUGCGCAUGCGUUGCUUAUUGCUGUGAAUUAAACAGGUGUCUGAAGUGCAGUAGUCUUUUGUCUCUUGAGUUAAAAUGCCAACAAUCAUCGCAGCCGAAUCAGUCAUUGGAGAAGGGAGCAGUGUUCAGAACCAAACAGGUCAGUGUGCACCGCUGCUAUCUCCUGUUAUCGGCAGUUUUAUUGUGAUUGCUGGAGAUGGCACCAGUGUUGGCACAGUUAUUAGGCUGCAGUGCCCCUCAAGACAUCGUGUGGUCAGUGGCAGUCAGAUAUCCUGUUUGUGGAGCAGUGAUAAUGCACACUGGAGUGGUGGAAUACCCGAAUGUAAAGCUCUGACUCGAUUGGAGGAUAAGGGCUUGCAGUUGGCUCUUCUUUUGUCUUUCAUCAGCAGUCAUCAUUAUUUUCAUGAGCAUCAUCUACAUCACUUCCUGUCUGGUGAGGCAUGUGAGACAUGAGGAGAGGAGGAAAAUGGAAAGGAUAAGAAGAAGGGAGGAAGCAAAGUUUUGGCAACAAAUGGAUGUUGAUGGUCUGGAUCCUACAGGAGAGGCGUUACACGGCCAAAAAAUCAGAAAUAACAACAACAACAACAACAGUAAUAUCAAGGAAGAGAGACAACAUAUGGAAACUACCAUAUCUACAGACAACCAAGUAUUUUCUCAUGAUCUGAUCAGGUGCCAUCUGCAGGAAACUGCCUAUACUUAAUACAUUCAAACUUCUCACUGAGACAACCACUUUCCACAGACCACCAUAUAAACAGACAUCAUUUAUUUCUCUCCUCUGAAAACCUUUCCUCUCAACUCAGUGGAAAGAGACUUUUUUGUUUCCUAAAGAAGACGCACUCUGAGAUAGACAACA